AUGACCACUCACCAAGCCAUCAUCCUCUCUGAAAUCAACUCACCACUCACCCUGGCCACAGUCCCAACACCCACCCCUCAAUCCGGCCAAGUCCUCAUCAAGGUCCUCGCCAGCCCUAUCCUCGCAUAUUACCGCGCAAUACUCACUGGCAAGCUCCCCUACCCACUCCCCUUCCCCUUCACCCCCGGCGCAUCCCCAAUCGGCCGCAUCGAGGUCCUCGGAUCCGACACAACGACCCUCAAACCCGGCCAACUAGUCUACGUCGACCUUAACGUACGCGCCCGCGAUGACCCUCUCAAAGAACAAGGCACCGCCAUCCUGCAAGGUCUCUUCGGCGGCAUAACGCCCCAAGCGCGCAUCCUAUCCGAAAACGACUGGCGCCAUGGCUCGUGGGCAGAGAAACAGAUCGUCCCGCUGGAGAACGUGCAUGUUCUCGAUGAGUCGCUUCUGCUCCAGCAGAUGGGCUAUUCCCCGGCCCGCCUGACCUGGAUCAACACCCUCCUUGUUCCGUAUGGCGGACUGCUCUCCGGGGCACUGCAGCCGGGCGAGACCGUGAUUGUGUGUUUUGCGACGGGGCAUUUCGGUGGUGCUGCAAUUGAUGUGGCGCUUGCCAUGGGGGCGGGGAGGGUUGUUGCUGUAGGACGACGGAUGAGUUCCCUGGAGAAGAUCCAGGAUGGCUAUCCAAAGGGAAAGGUAGUCGGCGUUGCGACGGAAAGUGUCGAUGAGACUUCCUUGAAAGAUGCGCUGAGGAAAGCGACACCGCGCGGACUUGGUGCGGAUCUGUUCCUUGAUCUCACUCCAGCAUCUGCUGCAGAGGGGCAGAAAUGGAUACACGUCCCUUCUGCUAUAUCGGCGUUGAAGGCCAACGGUCGCGCGGUUCUUAUGGGUGGAGCUUCGGAUUCGGUCACCUUGUCUUAUUCUGAGCUCAUGACGCGUAAUAUCACGGUGAAGGGAACUUUAUGUUCGACGGAACUGCUCCUGCGAAGUUGA